GUAAAGAAAGAAGUCGAUAAACUGAUGGCAGCUGGAAUGAUAUAUCCAAUCUCUGACAGUCAUUGGGUAAGUCCUAUACAUGUGGUCCCUAAGAAAGGAAGUAUCACGGUGAUGAAGAAUGAAAAGAACGAGCUAAUCCCAACUCUCUUCUGGCUCCUGCGCCGCGCGCAGCCUGUGCUGCGCCGCUCACAGUGA